GUUAAUUUUUUUGUUUAUUUUUGUUUUUUGUUUUUGUGUGUUAUGGUGAAUGAGCACUGUGGCUGGCUAGUGGCGGUGGCACCGGCAGCUCAGCAUUGCUGCUGAACAGCAGGCAGACGUGCGAGAGCGGCGAAAGCGCGAACAUUAGAAAUGUAGUGCAAAAUUUCGAAAAUAAAAGGAAGAAGAAGAGCCAACGACUAAUUUAGUUAAUACACAUUUUUACGAACUUUAAACGAUAUCUGUUUUUGUCUUAAAAAAUAGACAACAAUACGCGAACGAAGUGUUUAAUUAGUAAGGAAAAAUAUACGUCAUAUGAAACUAAAUAUUAAAAUAAAAGUGAAUAUAUUGUAGAUAAAAAUAACUCAACGAAUAAUUUACGCGAAUUGAAAUUAAAAAAAUACUUGCUAACUUUUAUUUUUCAAAAUAAAGCAUAAUUAAAAUCGAAUAAAAGGCGCACUUCCGAGCAAUUUAAUGAGGACUACAGUAACAGAACUACAUUUUUUUCGCUCAAAUACGUAGAAAUUUUUUAGAAAAACGUAGACCAACAUAAUAAAAAAAGCAAAUCGAUAAUAGAAAAGCAUAUUAAAUUAAAGAAAACAACAAUAAUAGCAAGAAAAAAGCAAAGUCGCAGCACAUAGCAAAGGAAAUCGCUCCCACUAGCAAAAGAAAGAAAACGACAACAACAAAAAAGAAAGCACACACACAAUUGCGGUUUCUAAAGCACCCCAGUAACAAAAACGGGGCAACAGCUGUCAUCAGUGCUACCAUAAAACUAAAUUAAAAAUCAAAGAAAUCAUGGAACGCCAUCGCACAUUGGACUCAUCGAUGUCGUCAUUGUACUCCGGCUCGAAUAUCUCGAAUACACCAUCCGCACAUCGGCAGCAGCAUGACAAUUAUAAUUACCCCGCCCUAUCCUCGUCCGCUUCACCGACGCCCAGCUUCAGUGGUGGUGGCGGUGGUGGUGGUGGCGCUAGUCUUGGCUUACUGACCGGCGCUUCUAGCACCAAUGCCAUUGCGACUACUGGUGGCAGUAACACAACAAAUGCAACAACAGGCCAUGCAUCGGACAUGAGCUUGUGCAGUGGCGACGAGGGUGCCGGCGUUGGAUUGCGUGCCACCACAAUCGGUUCAGUGGUGGUGCGUUGUGGACCCAUACAGUUGGUGAUCGCGUUACUGCAAAGUCCGGAAAAAUUAUAUAUUAAGGUAGUUGAAUUAGAGCCAAAGAUCACAACACUAGGCACGAACCUUGAUGAGUCCAUACGCUUGCAGAGGGACCACGAUGAGACUCUUAGGAAUAUACAGAAUCUGCCCGGCCCGAUGGACGAAUUUGUGCAAAAGGCUGACAAACUGCUCACCAGCAAGCGUAUCAGUUCCGAGCUAGUCAAUGCCAUGGCCGAUACGCUGAACAUUAUUUGGCAAGAUAUUUUGCACCUGUUGCAAGACCGUCAACACAUACUUCAUCUCGCCACACAAUUUCACGAAAAAAUGGUGCAGUGUCAGCGGCGCAUGGAUCAGUUGGAAGUGGCCUGUAUCGACACAAUGCUGCCCAUAGAAGUGGCGGCCGUGCAAGAGUUCCUCAACAAAUUUAAGCAGUUGCGUAUCGACAUGCUCACCGCGGUUAUGGCAGCGCUCAAAGAUGGCAACGAACUACUGUCACAGCUAAAGGAACUUGUCAAUCUGGAAACGUUAGAUACGCGGCCAGAGCAUAUCAAGCGAGACGCCACACGCGCCGUUCAUCAAGUACAGCAUUGGCUGGAGGCGUUGCACGAUCGCCGUAAUGCGCUGGAGAGCGCGUGGCAAACGCGCAAAACGCAAUUGGAACACUGUCUCACAUUAGCGUUGCUCGGCCGUGAACUGGACGAAGUGGAGACCGCAUUACGACAGCAGCGCAACGAAAUCGAUAGCCUCUUCAGUCUGGGCGAGUGCGAACAUACGGCAAAUAAUGCACUGCAAAACUAUCGUGAAUGGAAGCAGCAUGCCUUGCAGCUACGUGAUCGUGCACUCAAGAUCACACGCGCCAAAGAGAAGCUGCAGGCAUCGGGCACCUUUACUGGUGAUGAGGCAUGCGCACGCGCCUAUAAUGUGCUGAGUGCGUGCACGGAACACUUAGACCUCGUCGAUCAACGUGAACAUUGGCUGCAGCAGUCACGUGAUUUCUUCGCCAAAGCCGAGAAUACACUUAGCGUGCUCGAGAAACUUGAAGUAGAACUGACGAACGUGCGAUUGCCUCCUAAUUCGCCGGAGAGUUUUGCAAUGUACUCGAAGGUGGCGCGUGAUGUGCGCAGCUUUACCGAAGAACCGCUACGCUUGGGCUAUAGUAUAUUGGAUGAGGUGGGCCGUACGCAGCCCGAAACUCAGGGCGUAAAACGUGUGCUCGAUGAGAUCGAGAAUCGUAAAACGUACAUCGAAAGCGUAUGUUCGACAAGCAACCAAGAUCACCAACGCGUGCAGAAAGCACUUUCGGACUUUCUCGCACAGUACAAUGAUUUACUCAAUUGGUUAAUGACGUCUGGCCAAUUGUAUUUGAAACAGCAUGUGGACAUGGGCAGCACAUUACAACAGUGCAAACAGUUUUUACUACAACAUCAUGAGCUUAUGCAGGAUCUGGAGAUAAAAGGGGAGCUUAUAAAUCUACUACUCGAGUCGAUUAAGGCACAUUUGGAGUCGUUGAGUCCACAACAACGUUACGAUGUGGACUCAAAGGCUGAAUCGCUUCACAAGCACUGGAUCGAGCUUAAAGAUUUAGUGCUGAAACGCGUUGAUUAUGUUUCGUUGCUUAUCGAAUUCUUUGAGAAAGCAAAUGAGUUAGCUAGUCAGCUGGAUAACUUGGAUAAGCAGCUAAAACAAACACCAGAUGAGCAGAAACUACAGUUUCUGCAAGAGAAUUGGAAGCAUAUACGUGCCGACUAUGCAGAUCUUAAAAGUUUGGGAACGCGAUUUAUCACCUUGAAAAUUGUGGACCCGUACCUAGAGACAAAAUCCUCAGUAGCGGCAGUCGAAGAUAUCCUCAACGGUUUCAGUAAGCGCCAAGUCGAUGUAACAACCAGUCUAGACAAUUGGACAACGCAGAUUGCGGAGAAACGUGAAGUUGAAAUCAUACUGGAGAAAAUCAUGAGUGACAAUGAGGAGACCGCCACGAAGACGACCCAAGUAGAUACACAGUUGUAUCCGGUUUUCACUUCACUAUCCGUUGAUGCGCGCCAACUGCACUCAAUCACCAGCGAUAAGCUCACCCAUGUCCUGCAGGAUAUUGACAAAGCGCAGGAUGAGCUACAACAUCGCAUACACACCACACUCGGCAUACAAACGAAAAACUCCGAGUCGUUGCAGAAAAUCGAACAGGUCAUUAGUAAUUUGCGUUCAUUGAAAUCCAAAUUGGAUGGCAUACGUUACGAUUAUAAAACGUUGCUGGAGAAUAUCCUGAAAUUCUUGAUGGAGAUAAUCGAACUGCGCCACAGCAUCGAUGACUUUUUCGUGAAGCAAAAGCAACAGCAACAGCAGUUGGGUGGCGUUGAGGUAGCGGACAUUGAACACACUAUUGUCGAGCACGAGAAAUUCCGUGAUGGUUGCAUGGAUAAAUUUAGAUCGUUAAUCACACAAUCCGAGCUGCUGAUCGAUCGAGUGCGUGCACUGGAACCGCCCGGUGCACGAGAAAUCGACACCGAUCGCAUUCUCAAGUUGCUGGAGAAUUUGCGCAUUCAUUUCGAGGCGAACAACAGCGAGAGAAUGUCGCGUCUAGAGCGACUCGGCAAGCUGGAACAAUUCAAAACGGAUUUGUGCGAUAUUAAUCGCAGUCUGGAUAGUGUCAGCAAACAUUUGAAUGAAAUCAAUGGACAAAGUGUUGAUAGCUUGGCGGCGGCGAAGACCACUUCGUUAGCGUUUGAGUAUUUUGAGCGAACCAUUGAGAACUCAAUGCCAACAAUUUUGGUGCCCGUCGAGCAUCAGCUACGUUGGGGUCAUAAUAAGCGACCGUUAGAGCUGCUUGAGAAGCGCAUUGAAAAGUUCACCGAUAAUACUACUCAGCAGUUGUUAAUCACGAAUCCCGAAAGUGAGUCAUAUGUUCGCGAAGAACUUCAAAAGCUCAACGAGAAAUGGCGCAAUUUCAAAGAUCAAGUGAGAAACAAACGCAAAUCACUCGAUCAGGCGGCCGAAUUCUUCGAAAUGGUGGAAAAAAUCGACGCCGAAUACCGCGAAAUAAAUUAUUUUUACAACAGUGUCUCCAACAAGAUUACUUAUCUACGCGAUCCUGUCGAAGCCUCGAAUCUAGUCAACGAUAUCGAAAAGUAUGUGGUCGCUCGUGAGGGUCCACUGCUGGGAAAACUCGAAAAUGCUGCACAAUGUGCGCACGAUAUGAACAAAGUUUCUACGCUGUACAAUGAUGUACGCAGCAUUUUCCAAGCUUUCAUGAAACUCAAAUCCGAUAUUAAUGUCGUACAGGAACGCCUUAAGAAUGAGGAACGUUUGCGUGAACAGCGUGAGAAGGAGGCACACGAGCAGGCUGAGCGUGUGCGUGCUGCUCGCGAGGCAGAGGCCAAAGAGCGUGCUGCACGCGAGGCGGAGGAACGUGAGCAAGCCGCACGAGAGUUGGCUGCUCGAGAAAAGGCUCUACGGGUUGAAGAGGCACGCUUACAGGCCAUUCGUGAGCAGGCGAUGCGCGAGCAAACAGCUCGUGAACAGGCUGCCCGCGAAGAAGAAGUGCGUUUACAGGCACUGCGCGAACAAACACAACGCGAUGAAGAAGCACGUCUGCAUGCAUUGCGGGAACAAGCUAGGCGCGAGGAAGAGACACGAUUGGAGACGCUGCGUAUUGAAGAGACUCGCCUACAACUGCUACGCGAGCAGACCAAGCGUGAAGAGGAGGCACGCCUACAGGCGAUACGUGAACAGGUGGCGCGCGAUGAAGAAGUGCGAUUGCAGGCGUUACGUGAGCAAACAGUGCGCGAAGAGGAAGCGCGCUUGCAAGCGCUGCGGGAACAAGCAAAUCGCGAAGAGCAGAAACGGUUGUUAGAGUUGCGUGAGCAGGCCACACGUGAAGAGGAGGCGCGCCUGCAAACGCUUCGGGAACAAGCAAAUCGUGAAGAGGAGAAGCGUUUGUUAGCGGUACGGGAAGAGGAGGCUCGUCUGCAGGCGCUACGUGAACAAACGAAACGUGAGGAGGCUGUACGCUUACAAAGCGUACGCGAUCAAAUCGAUCAUCAACGCAUUGUCACCGAAAAUAUACGCAAAGACAUACAGGUGAAUGAAAUCUUCACAGAAAUCAAAUACGUAUCACCACGUUUCAACCGUUUGCUCAAAGAUGCGAUCACACGCGAGGGAGACAAAUUUACCUUCGAAUGUGAGGUCACCGGAAAUCCUGAACCAACUGUCGAGUGGUUCAAAGACGGCAUAUCUAUACAGAAUAAUCCCGAUUACAAAACCACUUACGAUCGUGGUGUCUGCCGUUUGGUGAUCGAGGAGACAUUUACAGCCGAUUCGGCGCGCUUCAGUUGUCAUGCUUCGAAUUUGGUGGGCAGCACUGAUACCAGCGCUAACUUGUCGGUGCGUGAAAAUGCCAUAGAGAUGCAAAUGGUGCCGCCACGAGUCAUACGUUACCUCGAGAGUGGCAAGGCAACGGAGGGUAGCACGUUUGAAUUCUUGUGCGUUGUUAGUGGUAAUCCGUUGCCCACCGUACAAUGGUAUAAAAACGACAAAUGUAUCGAUGAUUCACCCGAUUACAUUAUCAAUUAUAAUAAUGGUGAGGCUACAUUGCGGUUUGAGGAGGUUUUCCUGGAAGAUGACGCUGUCUAUACGUGCAGUGCCUCAAAUCCUGCCGGAAUCGAGCAUUGUUCAGCGAGCUUGAUUGUGGAACCUCUGGAACCAACAGAAGUGCCACAUUUCAAAAUUCCUCUCACCAAUGCCAUGGCUCGGGUUGGACAAAAAAUAAAGCUUGAAGCGCUAAUCGGUGGCAUUCCACGCCCUGAUAUUUUUUGGAUGCACAACGGAAAACCGUAUGUCCCGCGAGAUAGCAAAUAUGAGUACGGCCGCGCAACGCUCAUAAUCCCCCAAGCAUACCCCAACGACGCCGGAGUGUAUGUGUUAACAGCCAAGAAUCUAGCAGGCGAGGUAUACAGUUCGUGUAACGUUAUCGUAAAAGGACGUCUUCCGAACGAGACAUCGGAUUCAGAGUUGGCUUCCGAUAUGGAACCUAUAAAACCAUCGGUACAAUUGCCACUCAAAGAUGUAUCGAUAUUCGAAGGUAAACCGGUACGUUUGGAUUGUAUUAUUGUUGGCCAACCGGAACCCGAAGUUAUCUGGUAUCAUAAUGAGCGCCCAGUUAAAGAAUCAGCUGACGUACAGUUGCUCUUUCAAGGUGAUCGUUGCUCGUUGAUUAUACAGGAAGUGUACCAAGAGGAUGCGGGUAACUAUAAGGUGGUCGCCAUCAAUUCAGCUGGUGAGGCGUCGAGCAGUUGUGAGCUCAAAGUCACGCCAUUGAAUAUUGCCGAGCCAGCGACACGCGCACAGUCCGAGCGUCAGUCGGUGCCGAAGGAAACACUGCCGAAAUUCGAUAAAUUCCUUACUGACGUACUAGCAGAUGAGGGUGAAACGGUUGAAAUGGAAGUGAUUGUUAGCGGUGAUCAACCGUUUACUGCCAAAUGGUAUCUGGCCAAUAAAGAGUUGCAUGAAAAUGAACGUAUUUCCACAAGCGGCAAUCCUGCUUCGGGUGUGUUCAAAUUGACUCUAAGAAAUGUGGUUGCCGAUGAUAGGGGCGUGUACACUGUGAAAGUAUCAAAUAACGCUGGCGAUGCUAAAUGUUUCUCACAACUAAAUAUAAAAAGUGUAAAUGCACCUGAUCAUCAACGCAACCAGCAAGUGGAGCCUGUUGAGAAGUUAACUUGUCCCGAGUUCAAAGAACUAUUCUCGGACAAGCAAGCUCACACUGAUGACAUGGUCAAGUUUGAGUGCAUCGUGAAGGGCAAACCCACGCCCAAAGUACAUUGGUGCUUCAACGAUCAGCCUGUGCAUGGGCAUAACUUCUUGGUGUCGACAAGCGGAGACCGACAAGUGCUAACCAUACAGAAAGCCAGCAUUGAUACUGUUGGUAAAGUCAGCUGUAUAGCCGAGAACGAAAUAGGAAAAGCAACCUGUGUUGCUUUCUUGAAUCUACUUGGUGCAGACAUGCAGCUAACACCUGCCACUAGUGAUCUGCAGACCUCCACACAGGAACACAAUACGGAAUCGUCGCGUGUCACCAUCAACAAGAAAACCUUCACAACCACAUCUACGUCACAAAUUAGCUCUUUUGAAGGUAAUAUGCCACAAACAGAGAUACAUCAUUCCUCGGCGCAUAUCGAUCAAUCGCUAAAACAGCUGGGAACACAGCAACCGGAACUGGUCGAAACACAUCACUACCAGGAAUUGCACAAAAGCAAAGAAAUGCCAACACCAAAUAUCCAACAAAAGUCGUUUACAUUGGUGCAAUCUGCAGGCACCGGAUCAGGCCAGUCCACUAUUGCCAGUAUGACUGGUGUAUCGGUGCCUGAAUCACCAACGCGCCUACGUAAGCAAAUAGCGCCUCGUUUCACUAUGCCACUGACGGGUAGAAUUGUGGAUCAAGGUACAGAUGUGUCAAUGGAGGCGAUCUACGAUGGUUUUCCCUCGCCCGAAAUCAAAGUGGUCAAGAAUGGCGAACAACUAUUCGAUAACCAACGAUUGAAGAUCGAAAAUCGCUGCAAUCGUGUCAGCAUUGAGUUGAAGCAAGUGGGUGUGGCAGAUGCGGGACGAUAUGCAAUCACCGCCACAAAUACGAUGGGACAAUCAACGAGCACUGCCGAUUUAGUCGUGAAGAAAACCAUUUUCCCACCCGUCUUCGGUCGACGUCUACAGGCACAAGUGGUAAAAAGGGGUGAGAAGAUUAUAAUGGAAGUUGAAGUAACCGGUUUGCCAGAACCAACAGUGGUAUGGAUGAAGGACGAUAAGCCAAUCGAAGAAGCGAGUGUAUCACAACACCGUCUGCUCUCGCAAGGCAACUCCUACAAACUAAUCAUCGAGAAGGGAGUGCCUAGUGAUUCAGGCAAAUAUAUGGUGAAGGCCACUAAUGCCGGUGGCGAAGCGAAAAGCAUUGCCGAUUGUGCGAUACUUGAACCAUCGCCCGAACGCCUGCAGGAGGUCGUGAAGACCAUAGUCUACGAGACACCAAGCAGUUUGAAAACCGAAACCUUCACACAAGAGCCACCGUCCUUCCAAGCAACACAAACCGAUAUUUCAACUGCAUCCGAUUUGCAUGGUUUAUCUGAGUCGAAAAUAGUAACUGAGCAUCGUUGCACUACCGAGGCAACAAUGCGUCUAGAACACAAGCAAGCGUACUUAGAUUUGCCCGAAUUAUCUGAACGUCCGAAGACGCCAACAGCUGCCACAAUUAUUAGCACCAACACGGAUCUGCCCGACUGGCAACAUCUUAAAUCGGUGUCGACCAACACAGACGCCACACGCUCCAAGACCGGUUCCACACAAACACCACCGCAAGUGCCUCCCAAACCUCAUUCGGCCUUUAAUAUCACUGAUCAACCACCGCCACCAACACAAUUACCCCAACCACUACAUUUCCAACCUACAUCGACACCGACCGGCACAGAACCCCAUAGCUUCAAAGUCGACGCUCCAACAUUGGCAUCAACCACUAUGACAUCAACAUCGAAAUACGAAAGCACAACCAAUGAGAAAAAAUCCUCAUCUUUUGAAUUCUUCAAGAAAAUUGAAAGCCAGGGUGGUAUGCAACAAACGCAACCUGGAGAAAAAUAUCAGAAGCAAGAGGUUUAUGCAACGAACAAGCGAACUAUGCCACUAGUUAUCUCAAGGCCAAGCGGAGCGACGCAGACAGCAUCGCUCACAAACACGCUCGAAGCAGAUCUCAAAAAUUUAAAUCUUAUACCCGGCUCGCCACCGGAAAUCUGUUUUGUGCCGAAAUUGGACACAAGCAGCGGAAAGCCACAAAUGAUCAAUGAACGCAUAAAAAUAUUGGAAGCCUCUCAACAAUCUCCUAAAGAGGCCCCGGUAGGUGGAGUACGUACUCUACCUGUUGCUCCAAUCACACAAACACUUAAGCAUGAGACAACGCUAACGAAGGAGGUAAAGGUCGAGUAUGGCCAGCCGAUUAUGCGUCCAGCGGCUACACUGCCAGCCCCGCAACAGUACACACGUUCACCUUCACCUUCACCUAAACCUUCGGCAGAGGGUGUUGCUAUGUCGAAAUUGUGGACACCAAAUCAUUUGAGCGGUUAUGAGAGUUGCACCAGUGAUAUGGAACAAACUUAUAAAACUAAAUCGGAGAUAGAUUCGAAGGAAGAAAAGCAUGAGAUCAAGGUACAAAAAGUACCAACGCCGGCUCCGGAUCUAAGCGCGCCAUUCCUCGUGAAGGAGGUAAGCAAAGUCAUUACAAUACCAACGUCACCUCAACGAGAAAGAACGCCAUUAGAUGAUGUGAAUUUGGUGCCUGGUUCGCCGCCAGAAAUUUGUUUUGCGCCAAAGCCAGAGGUGCGGCGCCAAUCAUUGGUUGAGAAAAUGGAAAAAACUUUAGAACAGAAUCUGCAAAAAGGACCUACAAAGGUGCUGCCAAUGUCCGUGCCCACGCUCACGCCUGUAACAGUACCACAAGCAACAAAGCCAACAACUACCUUCAAACCACCACCGCCAGUUGUACCAACAAAACUAAACGUUGGGCAGCCCUAUGAGAGCGAUUACGAAAGUGAUCGUUGGAAGUAUAGUGGAAGUGAAUCUGAUGAAGCCUCUUUCCGGCCAGUUGGAAAGAGUAUUACCGAUGGUGUAACUAGCAUACCGAGUGUACCUGCCACUCACCACACAUUAAAGACCAGUGGUUAUGCAGCAGAUACCGAAGAAAUUUCUAGCUACCGCAAAAUGGAAUCCACACAGCAGGAAAGUCGUUCAUUUUACGAAUCAUCGCUCAGCACCAAAACUUCUCAUCAGACGCCACUUGCGCCUGAAGCGCUAACGGCUUCAGUGUUCAAAACGCCUACACAGCCACGAUAUGUACCACAACCACAACCAGCACCAACUAUAAUCACACCACAACCGAUCUAUCAACAGCCACCGUUGGAGAAGCAACCACCUGCUCAACUUUGCUAUACAAGCAAGCAAGAAGGUGGCCACGAGAAGCAAGAGUACUCGGACAAAAAUGAGUACAGACGCGAGGAGAAGGAUUAUAAAUCCAUGUCGAGUAUGAGCAGCAGCUACUACAAUGCCUCCAAUAUUAGCAAUAUCAGCAAUGUGAGCGCACCAAAAUACCAACCCUCACCAGUGAAGACGCCAACACCCGCACCCAUGCCCACAGCAGCGCCCAUCCCAGCCCAACGCAAAACACCAGCCGAAUUCAGUGACUAUAGCAGUGAAGUGGAGGAGCGUUUCAGCUCAGUCUCGCGAACUCAAGAAUCCGACUCAGAUAUCAAGGGCUAUCGCGUUGUUUUUCCACCAACACCCACACCAAAGUCUCACCUGACUAAUGGACAUAAAUCGCCCGUUGUUGUAAUAACACCAUCACCAAUGGAAUUUGAGCCAACACCACCUGCGGUGAGCACCUAUCCACGUCAGAAAUUUGAGCCGAUCCAGAAGGAAAUACGGCACGAAUUUACGACAGAAUCGCAGGAACAUAAACAACACUUCCAGCAACAAAAGGCACAACAACAACAGCAAUACCAACAACAAACGGUGUAUAAACCAAAACCGGUGGCUGCCAAAUUCAUUGCCGCCACUCAACAGCAACAGGAACGGCAGCAGCACCAACCACCAACACCACGUACCCAACCAGCACUCUACUACAACGCCAUCGCCGGCACACCACUCCAUAUGGCUAAAAUGGCCACCGAAACGAAAAAUGUCAUGCAUAUGAAAGAGUCAUCCGAGACUUGCCAGCGCGUAGUUAAUAUGCAGCAGACAAAGCGUGUCAUACACUUUGAUAGCCAAAAAGAGCAGCAAGAGCGUCAAGUAAGCACACCACUCGAGCCGUUCCCAUACAGCGUGUCACCAAAUCGCUUCACACCGACACGACAGACACGUGCACCACCACCAGCCACACCGACGAAAUUCGUGCCAGGCGAGUUCCGAGAGAGCGACUACGAUAGUGAAAUAGAAAAUGCAAAGAUACACCCACUUUGGACGCCGCAGGGUGAAUAUGGUCCACUCCGUUUCCGACAUGUGGAACCUCCACAGACGGGACGCGCCUGUAGCGUGCCACGCUCCUACGAACGUGUGCUCUCGCCAAUGGAGUUUGAUCGUGGUCCAGAAAUGCCCAAAAAGAUACAAAUCGAUUCAAAUGAAUUACGUAAGCAGCGCGGUAGCAGCCUCAGUGCUGGUACUACAACCAGCAAACAAAACACACAAUCCUUAAAUCGUCACACAUCUAUGCAGAGUAGCAGCAGUAGCAGCUAUCAACAGCGUUACCAGACAUUGCAGCCUGAUCACACUGUUGCUGAGAAACGCUUUCCGCGCGACGAUAUGAACUUGAAAGUUGGCUCGCCACCCAAGUACGGUUACAUACAGUCGCACAUCGAGCAGCAGGGCAAGCAGAUGAGCUCGAGUUUCUUGCAAAAAUCGCAUCAGUUUAUUAACGAUAUCAGCAGCGAUCUACAGCAAAAGACCAGCAAGUCAACAAAGUUGUACAAUGGCGUUGCUGAACCGAAGAUUAUUACGCACUCCUUCCGCCUCGGCUUCCAGCGUGCACCCAGCGAGGGCGAUAACAAACCGCAAGCCUAUCGCGAUGAGUCGCGCGUCUCGCAGUAUGGUACGAAAUGCGUGGAUCCCAAUACUGGUCUAAUUUACUUCAAAUACGAUUUUGGUUAUGAGUUCGGUAUACUCUUUCCUGGAGAAGGUCACAAAUUUGUAAGCAGCCAAUGGAAUAGCUCAUCGUCGACACUACCACCGCGUCCCUCAUCCGCGACUCCCACUCGUCAGAUACAAGCUGGUGCGGGUAGAAAAUCACCAUAUCCUCUAAAUUUUCCCAAUGGCGGUGAUCUCGUUAUACCGGUGCAACAUGAACGUGCCGCUACACCCACAUCAACACGUACGAGUACACCGACACAGCCACCGUCGCGCCUUAGUGUGCCUUAUGCGCGACCACCAUCACAGAGUGGCUAUCAUUCUGAUACUGCAACAAGUCGUCGUAGCCCCGGGCCCGGAAUGUAUGCCGGCACAAGCGGGGUGCAUCGACUUAAGAAACGCUAUAGUCUACCCAAUACACAGGUUAUCGAUAUAAAUAUCGAUCGUCUACAUGACAAUGAUCAUCUGACACGUCUACCGUUGAUAAGUUCAGUAUCAGAUCUACCAUCGGAUGUACCAGUGAAUGCACAUCUGAAUCGCGACGACUAUCCGAAGAGACCGCCACAAUUCAUAACACCACUGAAAGAAUACGCGGUUAUGGUGGGUCAGUGUGCACGCUUCGAAUGCAUCGUCCAAUCGCAUCCACCAUCGAAUGUAACAUGGAGCCGCAAUAGCAUCGAAAUGCAGAACAGUCCUAAACAUGUUAUUGAAUAUCGUAACGGUGUCUGUCGUUUGACCAUACCACAAGCUUACCCUGAUGAUGCCGGUGUUUACGCCUGCACCGCGACGAAUCCCUUAGGCACAGUCACCACUUCCGGGCAACUGCUCGUGCAAACCAAACGUUUAUGAAUGCGUUUUUGUGACAAGAAAUGAGGAAUUUUUAACCUAAAAUAAGCGCUAAUUGGGAUGUAUAAAAUCUAUGAUUAAUGCGGAAUAUGUGAAAAUUUCCAGAUUUUUAAUAUGUCUCUAGAAGUUAAUGACAAAAUGUUUAGUGUACUCGUUGUGCUUCAAUUUUAUGUUCAUUGCGCGUACGCACAUAAAUACAUACAUACAUACAUACAUACAAACAUACACAUAUGGAUUUCACGAAAAUAUGUACAUAAGUAUGCAUGUAUGUGUGCCAGUAAAAACUCCACAAAUACAUUUUGCUUUUACCGUCUUCACGCGUUAAUUGGCGUAUUUCGAAUACUCGGACUGAGUUUACUUGCAAAAUAUUUAAAUACUCUAUUAUUCAUUCAUAUGAGCAAAGAAGCUAUCACACAGCUAUUAAGCCGAAUUUAAAAUUUGUUCUUUAUGUGCCGAAUUUGUCAUGAUUUAUGCUUAUAUAACAAUAGUAUUACAUGUGUUUUUAUGAUUAUUAUUAUUAUUAUUUCAAUAAAUUAUUCGUGAAAAUUU